AUGGGCCCGCGGAACCGCGAGCGUCGGGCGGGAGCAGUUCAGAGCACCAAUGACAGCAGCGCCCUCAGCAAGCGCUCCCUGGCCGAGCGUGGGUACGUGCAGGACGCCUUCGCCGCCAUGCUGGUUCUGGGAGCCGCGCGCCGCGCGCCUCUGGUCCACCGCGGGUAUUACGUGCGCGCACGCGCCGUGGGGCACUGCGUGCGCGCCUUCCUGGAGCGGGCGUGCGCGCACCCCGGAGGGCCGCGCGCCCAGAUCCUCUCCUUGGGGGCCGGUUCCGACUCCCUGUAUUUCCGCCUCAAGAGCGCAGGCCUCCUGGGCCGGGCUGCGGUCUGGGAGGUGGACUUCCCGGACGUGGCACGGCGCAAAGCCGAGAGAAUUGAAGCGACGCCCGAACUGUGCGCCCUUAUCGGCCCUUUCCUGAAGAGGGACCCAACGUCAGCGAUGUGCUUUGAGAGCUUGGACUACCGCCUCCUGGGCCUGGACCUGCGGCAGGUGCAUCGACUGGACGAGGCCCUGACCAAAGCCGGCCUGGAGGCGUCCUCCCCCACGCUGGUCCUGGCUGAGGCCGUGCUGACAUACCUCGAGCCCGAAAGGGCUGCAGCCCUCAUCGCCUGGGCAGCUCAGCGUUUUCCCCAUGCUCUUUUUGUGAUCUACGAGCAGAUGAGGCCGCAGGAUGCCUUUGGCCAAUUCAUGCUGCAGCAUUUUAGGCGGCUGAACUCUCCCCUGCAUGGGCUCGACCGCUUUCCUGACGUGGAGGCCCAGAAACACCGCUUCCUAGACGCCGGCUGGACUGCUUGCAGCGCCAUGGACUUGAACGAGUUCUAUCACCGCUUUCUCCCCGCAGAGGAACGCCGGCGGGUGGAAAAUCUGGAACCCUUUGACGAGUUUGAGGAGUGGCACCUCAAAUGCGCCCAUUAUUUCAUCCUGGCAGCUUCCAAGGGAGACCAUUUCUCCCAAAGCCUGGUGUUUCCACCCUCAGAGGCAUUUCCUCGGAUAGAUCCUGCUUCCCCUUCUGGAGUCUUGCCUGCCAGGGUAACCGUUAAAGACAGCAGGGGUGCAAACCUUAAGAGAUAUGGGCAUGCCUCUGUUCUCUUGAGCCCAGGCAUUAUUCUUAGUGUGGGAGGAUUUGGGGAGCAGGAUGGACUGCACUGCCGGGUGAGUGGGGUUCACCUGCUUUUGAGAGAUUGUGACUUUGAGUGGACAGGCAGCUACAUAAGCAGUCAAGAGACCGGAGUCCAGUGGGAUGGACGCCUGUACCACACCAUGACAAGACUUUCAGAGACUGAUGUCCUCCUUCUGGGAGGGAGAUUGUCCCCAGUAAGUCCAACCUGUAAGGUUCUCAAACUUGGUCUUGGGAAGAGUAAGGAUAAUGAUAAUGAGGGUGUGAACAUGACUGUGACAGAAACUGGCCCAGAAGAUUCCAUUCUGUCACGUUGGCGGCAUUCGACGACAGACGUGUCCUGUCAGAAUCAGAGCUACCUGUUCGUGUAUGGGGGCCGGAGAGCUACAGAGCCUGUACUAAGUGACUGGCACUUCCUGCAUGUGGGGACAAUGGCUUGGGUCAGGAUCCCCGUGGAGGGGGGAGCUCCAGAAGCUCGACAUUCCCACAGCGCCUGCAGUUGGCAAGGGGGAGCCCUGAUUGCUGGAGGUCUCGGGGCCUCCGAGCAGCCACUGAACUCUGUAUUCUUCCUGAGACCAAUGUCUCAUGGAUUCCUUUGGCAAUCCAUAGACGUUCAGCCUCCCAUUACCCCAAGAUAUUCCCACACAGCUCAUGUGCUCGAUGGAAAGCUCCUACUGGUUGGAGGGGUGUGGAUGAACUCCUCCUCGUUCCCCGGAGUAACUGUAAUCAAUCUGCUGACAGGAUUGAGCUCUGAGUAUCAGAUGGACACAUCAUCUGUGCCCUGGCCUGUCAUGUUACACAAUCAUACCAGCAUCCUCCUUGCUGAAGACCAGCAGCUCCUGCUACUCGGGGGAGGCGGGAACUGCUUCUCUUUUGGCACUUAUUUCAAUCCCCAUGUAGUGACGUUAGACCUUUCUCCCUUAAGCACCGAGCAGUAAGGACUGAACUCUUGUAAUACUCAGGAACCCACUAAAGCAGAUAAUAAAAUUUUCUUCAAAUAAGACUCGA